AUGAAGUUAUCAAUUCUUAUUGUUUCUGUAUUAUUUAUUACUGUCAACAUUGUUGCCGGAUAUAGAAUUGGUCAAUCUGUUGACUAUACUGGUUGGGACCUCUACUUUGCUGAUGAGUUCAGUGGUACCUCCCUGAACACUAGUGUCUGGAGAGCUGAAAACCUGGCUUGGCCAUACAGUGGUCAACUCGAGUACUACUCACCAGCCAACUGUCGUGUCACUGGAGGCAACCUUGAAAUGACCGCCAAGAAGGAGAUUGUUGGAGGAAGAAACUACACCUCAUGCCGUAUCUCUACCGAUACCAAGAUGUUCAACUUGACCUAUGGAAGGUUUGAGGCUCGCAUGAAGCUUCCAGUUGGCAAGGGAUUCUGGCCAUCAUUCUAUAUGUUUGAUAAGCGUUCAGAGAAAUGCAAUGCAACCAAUCCAUCAGAGUAUUGGGAGAUUGAUGUUAUUGAGAACGUUGGAUUCAAUGACAAUGACAACAUCCAUGGUUCAUGGUGGUAUGGACCUGCCACAUGUCAAGAUGCUGACCAGAAGAUCGUCACCAGAACAUCAACCAUCUCCAACAUUGACUCUGCUUUCCACAUUUACAGUGUGGUAUGGGAUGUCGACUUCUUGAUGAUCAUGGUUGACAACAUUCCAUAUUUGAUUGCCAACAAGACCGCCAACAUUCCAUUCCCAAACAAUGUACCAAUGUACAUGAUCCUUGAUUUGGCAAUUGGUGGUGCAUGGCCAGGUAGCCCAGACGCCACUACUAUCUUCCCUUCAAAGAUGAUCGUUGACUAUGUACGCAUCUAUAAGAAGAACCCUAACGUCCCAGUUCCUACUCCAACUCCCCAGCCAUCACGUGCACCCUUGCCCACCUACGUUUACGGUCAGACUGUUGACUACACCGGAUGGAAGUUGACCUUUAACGAGGACUUCAAUGGUACUUCAAUCAACAAAUCUAUCUGGACUGUUGAGAACCUCGCUUGGCCAUAUGGUGGAGAGCUCUCAUACUACCAACCAGCCAACUGCCGUGUGACUGGUGGCAACCUUGUCAUUGAUACCAAGAGUCAGACUGUUGGCGACCGAGCUUACACAUCAUGCCGUAUCACCACCAGGAACAAGUUGAACAAUCUCAACUAUGGCAGGUUCGAAGCAAGAAUGAAGCUCCCAUCUGGAAAGGGUCUGGUACCAUUAUUCCAACUGUUUGGUAUUGAGGGAUACCAAGACUGUCUCCAGCCAUAUUAUGAGUUCACUGUGAUGCAGAACCAACCAGCUACCAAUAAUAUUGAUAGCCAUUGGUACAUGGGUUCCGAUUGUAAUGCUGUACAUGGUGGAGAGGGUGCCAACACUGUGAACAACGUUGGUGGUUACCAUCUCUAUUCUAUGGUCUGGGACUAUAACUUUGUCAUGUUCAUGGUUGACAAUGUUCCCUACUUGAUCUCCAACAACAACCCAGGAUGGACAUUCCCCAAUGAUGCACCAUCAUUCAUGGUACUCCAGACCUCUGUUGGAGGCAGAGCUGGUGCACCAGAUGCCACCACCAUCCUCCCAGCAUCAACCUAUGUUGACUGGGUCAGGAUCUACCAGAGAGUCUAA